UGCAAACCAAUGACUGUAUUGUAAGCAUUGGUUUACAAUUAGUUCAUUUCAAGUGCAUUGCAAUCAAAGACUUAUUGGAUUCCAGUCGAUAUGACCACCAAUUGAAGGCAUUUGCAUAGAAGUCAUGAAGUGAUGAGUUAUUUGAAGUCAUCGAUGGCGAGAAACGCGUCCAUCAACUCAAUGAUCACUAACACCAAUAAGAAGACAUUCAAGUCUUACAUCGACUUAGAGGUGAAUCCGGACGCGAAUAAUGCGGACAAAGAGAGUCCGACGCCUCCGAUGACUAUCACGACAAACACGGAUGAAAUGUGGACCACUUUGGAUGAGAACGGAGUGACCACUGAUUUGGGCAAAACUCGGCGCAACUCUUGGCUAUCAUUGGACACAAGAGAUCGAAAAGCUAUGCAUCGAAGC